AAAAAAGAGCAAUAACGUGCCGAUUUCCUGCGUAUAUCAAGCGAAAAGAAAUUGAAUAAUGAACCUAAUAAACACAACUCGGAAUUUUGUCAUUUAGUUGUUCUUCGUUUGCAAUAGAAUCGCGUCGCUGAUACUGGCCGGACUUGGAUAGGGCAUAACUGCAGAAAACCAUCACCAUGAUUUCAUAUCUUUACAACGAACUCAAAGAGCAUUUCCUAACGGCGGCUGGACGAGAUCCCCGUACCAGAGAUUUGCCGAUCAGUAACAGUUACCCCGCAAUACUUGCAAUAAUUGUGAUCUAUGUAAUACUUGUUAAGAAAAUCGGUCCAGCCUUUAUGGCCAAACGGCAGCCAUAUAAUAUUCGAUGGCUUAUUUCGUUGUACAACAUUGCUCAAGUUAUAUUCAAUGCGUACCUUUUUAUAAUGAUCACCAAACACUUUGUAUUUCAUUCCAAAUACAAUUGGUUCUGUAUGCCCAGUGACUAUACAGAUUUCAGUGAUGAUACCAUGCAGCUUCGUAAAUUGGGAUAUUUAUAUUUUCUGAAUAAAUUAUCCGAUCUUAUCGAUACAGUUUUCUUUGUGCUGAACAAAAAAUAUAGCCAUAUUUCGGUUCUGCAUUUGUACCAUCAUGCCACCAUGAUAUGGGGAAGCUUUUUGUACCUGAAUGUGUGGUUCGCCUCCAAUAUAACAGUUGUAGGAUAUGUUAACACAUUGGUACAUACGGUCAUGUAUUUUUACUACUUCCUAACAUCGCUCAAAAUGAACAUAGACCUAAGCAAAUGGAAACCACGUCUGACAACAUUCCAAUUGAUUCAAUUCUUCUAUUUUGCCAUCAGACUUCUCAUUGUCAUCACCCAUAAUACCUGCGGCCUGCCUAAAUUCUGGCUUUGGGUUAUCUUUUUGGAAAAUGUUUCAAUGAUUGUCCUGUUUUCGAAUUUCUACUAUAAGAAUUACAUUUUGAAGAAACCAAAAUCAGCAACAAUAGUGAAAAAUAAAUAAUAAUUCUAUUGAAAUAUAUAGUACUAAAUGUAAAUCACAUGUAUAAAAGAAAUACAAAAUAAAAUACCCAUUUUUAAAGGUUUUUGAGA